AUGUGGAGUCUCGGGGUUCUUCUCUUCCAACUCUACACCGGAGAAGAUCAUCCCUACGGAAAAGUGGAGGGACCAGACUGGGCGGAACAAGCAGAAAGUUUAUCACAGCAGCUGUUGCGAGAUGGGACACGUUCUGACAUUCUGAUCCCGAAGCUGGAUGCCGCGGAAGUCCCGGAGAGGUGGGCAGAACUUAUUCUUCGUUUGCUGGAGCCCCAGAGGGCCCACAGGAUUGGUGCCUUCCAAGUCAUCAAGGAGUUUCCAGACCUCAUUAAGAAUACUGCGGCUGAAUAA